UGUGUGCCUGUAACAUGAACGUCUACCAUGCGGCGCAAAUGAGCUGCCGUGGAGGGUGAGCUUAAGGGGAAUGAGGUCUGCUGUUUGGUCGUUCCCUCUGCCCUCCACCAAAGCACUCCUUUUUCACCACAGUUGUUCAGAGCUCUCCCCGUUCUCAUUCCUUAUUGCUGCAUACACCUCGCAUAUACCCUUCACCCCACGAUGCCAACCAUACGCUCCGACACCGCUGCGAUGCCGAAAGGGCUGCGCGACGACGAACCGACUGUGGGCAUGGGUUUUUCUAUACUCGUAACAGUAUGCUCGUUAAUGGGACUCAUCUUCUGCUUUCGGCGAGCCUCAAAGCUCUUUCCUCGAAACCUCAACAUUCAACUUCAGAUGUUUGGACAGAACAACAACGACAGUCAAAGUCCGGGACGUGGACCCAUUGCACUUUCGGAUGAUGACCUCGCGGGCGCAACAGGGAUUGACUGGGAGGAUCUCGAGGGUCAAUUAGGAGAUGAGGAUGGCAAUGAUGAUAAUGAUGAGGAAGAGGAGAUGGAUGAUAUGGUUGGAGGAAGCGGCGGACUUGGCGAGGGAAGACCGUUGAAGCCUAUGAAGCGGCUAGAGCGGUACUUGGAUGGGGACGAUGAUGAGGAGCAAGAGGGACAGGAGCUGAGUGAUGUGCGUGUCACCAGCAGCAGCAGUCGAUACCAUGAUGAUGAUGAUGAUGAGGAAGAGGGUGCUGCACACCUAAAGACACCACGGGGAAGCGACACGCAGGAAGGAGGACGAAUACAGAAGGACGCGCUGUUCAAGCUGGAGGAUGCGGACAGUGAACAGGAGUAGCAGCGCCCCUUUCGCGCGCUUUUUUUUUUUUUUCGCUGUGAAAGGACAUCGUUGUAUCCUUCCAUGCUGCAUAUGUGUAUGUAUAUGUAUAUGUAUAUAUUCAAUAUCGAUAGCAAUAGUAGCACCGAAUACCAACACCAGCACCAACGCUGAUAGUAACAUGAGGAUGUCCAUCAUCAA